CCGCCCACCACGGUGUUAGCUGGCUAGCUUCUCCGCCUGUCGCUACAACAUCAAAACACAGCACACACAGCUGGCUAACAGUUAGCUAGCGAACAAGUUCACAGCCUGAGUGUGUGUCCUCCAGGCUGCGAUGGCGGCGGUUGGAAUCCCGGGUUUAUCGGCCACUGACUGUGUGACCAAGGUGGCCAUAAGCAUCUCCUGUGACAAUCUGCUGGACAUGGAUACAUUCUCCAAGUCCGACCCUCUGUGUGUGCUGCUCAUGAACAGUUCAGGGCCCCACUGGUGUGAGAUUGGCCGGACAGAGAAAAUCAAGAACUGCCUUAAUCCCAAGUUUUCCAAGACUUUUGUCAUUGACUACUACUUUGAGAUGGUGCAGAAGCUGAGGUUUGAAAUAUACGACAUAGACAGCGACAACUGCAGUCUGCAAGAUGCUGACUUCCUGGGAGAGCUGGAAUGUACCUUGGGACAGAUUGUGUCCUCGAGGAAACUAACAAAACCGCUUCUCAUGAAGAACAAGACACCUGCAGGGAAAGGAAUCAUUACUAUAUGUGCUGAGGAGAGAACAGACAGCAGGGUGGUGGAAUUUGAAGUUGCAGCUAGAAAACUGGAUAAAAAGGACUUCUUUGGCAAGUCUGAUCCUUUCCUGGAAUUCUACAAUCAGACAGAAACUGGAUGGCGCCUCGCUCAUAGGACAGAGGUGGUAAAACACAACCUAAAUCCAGUAUGGAGACCAUUCCGAAUCCCGCUGCAGUCACUCUGUGGAGGUGACGUGGAGAAACCUAUAAAGGUGGAUUGUUAUGACUACAACAGCAGCGGAUCUCAUGACAUCAUUGGAUCCUUUGAGACCUCGCUCUGCCAGAUACAGCAAGCAUCAAAAACAUAUGCGGCCGAGUUUGAAUGCAUCAAUAGUAAGAAGAAACAGAAGAAGAAAGGAUACAAAAACUCUGGUGUCAUCAUUGUAAAACAUUGCAAGACAGUGAAGGAGUAUACUUUUCUGGAUUACAUAAUGGGCGGCUGUCAGAUUAACUUCACUAUUGCUAUUGAUUUCACCGGCUCCAACGGGGAUCCCAAGUCCCCUCGAUCCCUCCAUUACAUCAACCCUCAGGGCUUUAAUGAAUACCUGGCAGCAAUCUGGGCUGUGGGUAAUGUCAUCCAGGACUAUGACAGUGACAAGAUGUUCCCUGCUUUUGGAUUUGGAGCCCAGAUCCCUCCGACAAUGCAGGUCUGCCACGAGUUUCCCAUCAACUUCAACCCAUCAAAUCCAUUUUGUGCAGGUAUAGAGGGUGUUGUCGCUGCCUACCAGCAGUGUCUGCCCCAGGUGAAGCUUUACGGCCCCACAAACUUUUCCCCCAUCAUCAACCACGUUGCCCAUUUUGGAAGGCAAGCCAUUCAGCAGGAAACUGCCUCUCAAUACUUUGUUCUGCUGAUCAUCACUGACGGAGUGAUCACAGACAUGGAUGAGACACGCAAUGCCAUCGUCAACGCCUCCCGUCUGCCCAUGUCCAUCAUCAUUGUUGGAGUGGGCGGGGCAGACUUCAGUGCCAUGGAGUUCCUGGAUGGAGACGAUGGGAAUUUACGCUCUGCUACAGGCGAGGCCGCCAUGCGGGACAUUGUGCAGUUUGUGCCAUUCAGGCAGUUCCAAAAUAGUCCUCAAGAAAUGCUCGCUCAGAGUGUCUUGGCAGAAGUCCCAGGCCAGGUGACGGCCUUCUUCAGUACCAUGCGUUUGAGGCCACCCCACGCCGACACACCGGUCACUGACCUCUCAGCAUCAGCACCCCCCAGUGAUGUAUCAUGAGGACCAACUUUUCUCCUCAGUAUGCCAACUCCAAAUACCCGGACAUUCAUCUGGCUUAUUGGUGCCAAGUACACGUUCCUUUCCCUCUAAAGUGUUUAACUCAUAACCCUUCAUAUCACCUACCAUAACCUACCAAACUCUUCCAUGAAACAUUCAGUCAUUGUAUGAUUUGUUAAUACUAUGUACCAAUAAUAUAAAGCCAUAGUACACAGAUAUUCAAAAUUUCCUAACAUUUGUUAAAGUGUACUUAACAUUAACAUUAAAUGUAACAUUUACUUAUGAUUUUAUGAUUCUCAAGUGCCAAGAUUGUUAAGAAUUUAAGUAAUUUCCUAUUUUAUCGAUGCGCACAGUUUACGGCAUUGAUUGAAACCAGUCUGACUCUACACAAGGUCUUUGUUUUUCUGUGGGAAAAUUGAGGCAGCUAGUAACAUACAUCUCAUUAGUCUGUCAGAAUGUCUACAUAAAAGGGCUGGAGUACUUAAUGUGUCCUCCAUGUCAUUUCCCUCCUGUAUCUGCAUAUUACAUUGACCACUUUUUUGUUGGUCUUCACACUUCCCAAGUUUCCUUGUGUACAUAAAGACCUUGAACAAAGCUCUGGCUGUCAUGCAAUUUAGUCACAUACAUUAUAUAUAAUAAUGCAUAAUGGAUCCAUAUAUAAUGUAUUAAUAAGUUUGUUUAAAUUAAUACUUAUCAUGGAUUUUACAAAAACUAUUACGUUGUAUCCUUGCUGUUGUUUUGUACUUUUUGUACUUCAAUCAAUUUCUUUUUUAUAUUCAGUUACAUAUUUCACUUGACUUCACUUUAUGGUGCUUCUUUAUGGUAUGACUGUUAAACAACUGAAUUGCUAGAGAACUGCUGGAAGUGAUUGUCAUCAGUAACUGCGGUGAUUAUCAUUUGAUGAAAUGCAUGUUUACAUUGAUGUACAUUAGAGUUUCACUCUGUCUUAAAAAGAGGUAAUAAAACCUCUUUCUUUACUGACUGUUAUGAAAAUGGCCUAGUACUUGUCACAAAGUGUAUAUGCAUGUUUUAUUGUUAGUUGUUUGCAGCGAUCACUGUACAUGGCCUGUGCAAUGUAAUUUGCACAGCAAGAAAAAAAAAUCUAACCUACAGUUGCGGACAAAAUUAUUAGCCCCCCUAUGAAAUCUUAAGUUUUCUCAAGAUUUACCCGAGUGCUUUUAACCAGAGCAACAAUUUUUUAACACAGCUUUUAGACAUCAUACUUUUAUUUUGGAUGCUUACAUUAUUUUAUUUUGCACACAGAAAUGAAAAUAUUCCACAAAACACAAAAACUACCAGGGUCAAAAUUAUUCGCCCCCGCAUUCUAAUAGUCAGUUGUGUAUCCUUUAACUGCCUGCAGUCAUUUGUUGUACUUUUCAACAACUCUCUGACACUUCUUUUGAGGAAUCCCAGCCCAUUCUUGUUUGGCAGAUUUGAUGGUUUUCUGGCAUGGACAUUUUUCUUAAGGUCACCCCACAUAUUUUCAAUUGGAUUUAAGUCGGGGCUUUGUGCGGGCCAUUCAAUUACAAUCACCUUGGUCUUCUGGAGAUAGUUCUUCACCAAGAGAGAUGUAUGUUUAGGAUCGUUGUCAUGUUGGAAGAUAAAGCGACGACUCAUACCCAGUGUUACUGCUGACUGCUUAAGGUUUUCUUUCAAAAUCUCCACAUAUUUUUCUUUGUUCAUGAGUCCUUCCACCAUGACAAGAUUUCCAGUUCCAGACGCACUGAAGCAUCCCCACAGCAUAAUACUCCGUCCACCGUGUUUCACUGUGGGGACGGUGUUCUUUGGGUUAAAUGCCUGUCCCUUUUUUCUCCAAACGUACGCAGUGUCUCUAUGGCCAAAGAGCUCUAGUUUAGUCUCAUCAGACCAUAAGACACGCUUCCAGUAUGAAUAAUCUUUCUCCAGGUUGUCCCGAGCAUACUUAAGUCUGGCUUCAAGGUGUCUUUUCCUCAAAAGUGGAGUUUUUCUUGGUCUGCAACCUCGUAGUCCAUUCUUGUGCAGAGCUCUAGUGAUGGUCUACUUAGAGACUAUGAUUCCUGAUGUGGCCAAGUCAUUCACCAGUGUCUUGGCAGUUGUUCUGGGGUCUUAAGACACAUCUCUCACUAGUUUUCUUUUCAGUGACUUUGAAUUUGUUCGCUUCCUACCUCUGCCAGGCUUGUUCUGCACCGUAUGGCUGUCUUUGAAUUUCUGGAUUAUACCUCUCACUCCAGCUCUUGACACUUGGAAACACUUGGAUAGCUUUGUAUAUCCUUCUCCUGUUUUGUGUGCAUCAAUAAUUCUUCGUUUUCAGCAUGGUGCUUUCUCAACUGACAGCUCAAUGGCCCAUACUGAGGCAUUUAUACCAUGUUUUAACUUAAUUGUUGAGUGAAAUCACCUAUUUCACCUGAUCACCUUGAAGCACAUCACUGCACAAAAGUGGCUUGUGCGAUGACUUAAUAAAUGGUCAUUUCUUAAAGGGGGCUAAUAAUUAUGUCCCUGGUCAUUUUGGCUUUUUCUUUAAUAAUUAUGUUUUGGUGUGCAAAUAUAAAUAUUUUGUGCCUUCUAAUGAAAAAUAGUAUGUUCAGAAAUGUUCUGUUAAAAAUUCCUUUCUCUGUUAAAAAAGUACUUGGGAAAAUCUUGAAGAAACUUAAGCUUUCAUAGGGAGGCUGAUAAUUAUGUCCUUAACUGUACAUUAAUAGCCAGCUCCUACUUCAAUCUAAUGUUAGGUCAUUUAAAAGAUUUGGUUGUGUUAUUGCUGUGCUCAUGUCACAACAUUAAACAAUUACUCUGUAUUUUCACAAAGCUGCAUUUCAUAUCACAACUAAUUUUGUGCUUUGUUGAAGUAACUGUGUGUGUAUUUGUUUAACGAACACACUGAGGACAUUUUGGCCAGUCCUCACAACUUCAAUGGGCUGUUUGAGAGUUAGGACUUGGUUUAGGGGUUAGGUUAGGAUAAGGUUAGGGCAAAGGU